AUGACCACAGUUUACAUUGUGGCUCAUUCUGUGUGCAGAGACACGGGCCGCAGGUGCGUUCGUUGCUUCACGUUCGUCGGCACUGUGGCCGUCGUCGCUUUGGCCACCUUCGCCGUCCUUGUCGUUCUCGGGGUAGUGAACAUCAAGUUGCACUACGUGACGGCCGAGGCCAGGAAGGCCGAUGAGAACAUGACCAGCUGUUCUUCGAGCCAGAGCGCCAAGCCACCUCAACCCACCGACGGCACUGCAUACGUCGAGGCGAGCACGCUGACGGAGACGAAAAAGCGCGGCCCAGGGGACGAGCCUAUCCCGGAUCCUCGCUUUUGAGGACAAUCUGUGCUCGACGUGGCUGCAAUGUAUACGAACGGUCAAUAUGCAGUUUUGCGUGCAUGUUAGCGAGAAGAAAGAAAUGAAGAGACGACGAGACGAGAUUUCGUAGUUGCCCUGAGCAGCACGCAAGUGUUCGUAAACUUUACGCGAUGUUUACCACGUGGCGAUAUAUUCUUUGUUUUUAACGUAGUGCGAUGUGUUUUGCGAGCCAGUAAAGAAUAGAAAUACCGGC